UGUCCACCAGGGGGACACGGAGGACGGAGCUAGUGAUGUCAGACAUCAUUAGCAUAUUCCGGACUAUAUGUAAUGCUUGCGCUAAGACGCGCCACUACUGCUGCAACGCGCUGACCAGAGACCUUCCAGACAUCAACCAACACUUCGACUAUCUGCAACCAUGAGUGACAAGCCCGACAUUUCAGAGGUUCAAACCUUUGAUAAGAGCAAGCUGAAGAAGACAGAGACACAGGAGAAGAAUCCCCUGCCUUCAAAAGAAACCAUUGAACAGGAAAAGGCAGCAGCGUCGUCGUGAAGCCCAUCCCUCCCAUCAUGCACUGUACACCCCCUCCUAUUGCAUUGCCUUGUUUUCAGUCACCUCUUUUAGCUGUAUAACUUUGUAACCGAAAUUAUGAAACGACAACAAUAACCAAGCUGCACAGCCUGCGGACAGAUGAUGCCUCCGUUAGGGCAAUCGGCCCCUGUCCCCUCAAAAAAACAUCACCCAGAUAUUUACCACCAUCAUGUGACGUGCUCGUCUGAAUGUUGGGAGAUGAGGAUGAUCUGUCUGAUGCAGGAGAUGGGAACUGAAGACAGAAGAUGUACCUAGAGGUGCACGUCUCCCAUUUGAUACCACCAACAUUGUUGUAUGGCAGAGAGUCCUGAGGGACAGGGCGUGGCCUGCGUCCCAGGAAGCUCAUCAUCGUCUCACCACCACCACCACGACCCAACUUCCUGUGUAGCUGCUUUCGCGCCAAAGCUGAGGCGUCAAGCUUUUUGUUUUUAUUGUUUUUUGUCUUCUAAUUUUCGGAAAAUGCACAACUUUUUAUGUACGCUGGCCAAAAUGUAAAUGCCCCAAAAAUUGAUAAUGUGUGUCACAAUGUUUCUGUUUUUUUUACACAAGGAUAAGAAAAGUGUAACGGAUUCCAUCUAGAUCUGGGAGAUGUUCAAAUGAACCUUACAGUGAUGUUAUAAAUUGUAUCGUACCUUUGCCCUUCUUCAGAGUGAUUUGGGAUAGCUUUUGUGUCACAAUCUGUCUCUGAAUUGUCUCAAAUGAGGAAAAGGAAAAAAAAACUGGCAAUUGAUUCCAUGUGUUUACUUUCCACCGUAGAUCAAAAUUCUUUAGAGUUUUGUAAAGUCCCAGCAGUCAUGUUACUCUGCCACACACCAUUAUGAGAAAUGGAAAACCGUGAAAUGUUGUAAUAAAAAAGAAUUUGUUACUAAGAA